AUGGAGGGGGAAAGCAUCAAGAUUAAGGCCUACAGGGUUGUUGGGUACGCCGCUGUUACCUUCUCAGCAAUUGCAAUUCUCUCUAUCUGUAUAACUCUACCAAUGGUCUACAACUACGUUCACAGUGUCCGUCGUCAGAUGUAUGGAGAAAUGAACCAAUGUCAAACAACCGCCAAAAAACUCUGGGCUGAUGUAAACAUUCUCAGAAAUACUCCUGUUUUCCCAGGAAACCGUACUGCCCGUUCUUCCGGGUAUGGAGAGCCUGAGGAAGUCGAAGUUCAACCAUCUCCAGUCCAUCCAUCUGCUGGUGGAUACAGCGCUCCUUUCGGAGAUUCAUCUGCUGCUAUCGGAGAAGCUACUCCAUCUUACAACUCCGAAGGCCGCUCAGGAUAUGGAAGCGAUAACUCUCCAUCUUCAUAUGGAAACAACGGAGAUGCUCCACCAGCCUACUCUAACGGCGGAAACAACGGAAACAAUCGUCCAAGCCACGGAAACAACCGACCAAGUUCCGGAGGAAACGAUCAUUUUGGCCACGACGACAACGGCUCUGAAGAUUGUACCGAUUGCUGUCUUCCAGGUCCACCAGGUCCAGCUGGAACACCAGGAACACCAGGAAAGAACGGAAAGGCUGGAGUCAACGGACUUCCAGGAAACCCAGGACGCCCACCAAGCAAGCCAUGCGAGCCAAUCACUCCACCACCUUGCAAACCAUGCCCAAGAGGAGCUCCUGGACCACAAGGCCCACCAGGACCAAUUGGAAACAUUGGAAACCCAGGAGAGGCAGGAAAUAAGGGACCUGACGGUCCACCAGGAGAGCCAGGACUCAAGGGUCGUCCAGGAAACCCAGGAAAGCCAGGACCACAAGGACCACAAGGUGAGCCUGGUACUCCAGGAGAGAACGGAGAACCAAAGCCAGGAGCAGUUGGAGAGCCCGGAAGACCAGGACCACAGGGACCACGUGGACCACCAGGCAAACCAGGAAAAGACGGUAAUGCUGGAGGAGAAGGAGAGAAGGGACAACCAGGAGAGCCUGGACCAAAUGGCGAAGAUGGAACUCCUGGACAACCAGGAAAGCCAGGAAAAGAUGGACAUCCAGGAGAAAGAGGAAUUUGCCCCAAGUAUUGCGCUAAUGACGGAGGAAUCUUCUUCGAAGACGGAACAAGACGUUAA